UUUACUCUAACGAGCGGAAAUGCCUCCCAAAAAUAAGACUAAGCGGAAUUGCAGACUGAGAGACAACGAGGGCAAAGCAUCAAGGUCAAAGAGGUCAAGACAAGAGCGACCAGCGGUAGCGAUAGAGGUUGACGAUAAUCAUACAGUUCAGGAACCAGGUCCUCCAGGAAGCAUCGCCGCCCAAGAGAAUGUAGUUGGUGCCAGAAAGUCAAACUCUACCCCACUGGCCCCAGCGCCUGUGCCUGCUUUGGCCAUUGAAUCUCAAUCAGUGGUUCCGCUUCAAGACGUUAGCACCAGAGGCAAGCACCAGACCAGUCAACAUGAUUUACAGAUUCAAAUGAAUAAAUUGCUAUAUGCUUCAAUCUCUGAAAACACUAAGACAGCAUACGAAACAGGACAAAAUUCAUUUUAUAAUUUCCGGAAAGAAUUUGGGUACGAAAUUUCAUGGCCCCCACCUCUUAGAGAUGUUCACUUUGUUGCUUAUCUGUCACUUAAGAAGUGUUCCCAUGCUACGGCAAAAUCUUAUCUAUCUUCGAUUAGUUUUCAAUGCAAAAUUCACAAUUGGGUUGAUGAAACAAAGAACAUUCUGGUUGUAAAGGUUCUUGAGGGUAUGAGAAGAACUGGUAGGUCUGCAGAUGCAAGGCUACCAAUAACCUUGCAGUUGCUUACUCAAGUUGUUAGGGUUUUAUUGAAGGUCCCUGAAGUUAAAGUCUGGUGUGUGGGCUCCUCUAUUAUUAAGAAUGCAGUGAUGGCAUCAGUAUGCAGACCGGGGGGAACAAAUCUUGGAUUGGAUAGAUUAAAAAUAAAUAUCUGGUGGCAGGGAUAUUCAGGUUUGAAUUUUUUGGGAUUUAAAAGAAAGCUCUUUUUUCUUACAGAAUAUGAGGAAUCCCCAGAUUGUUUGGUUAUUCACUGUGGGGCAAACGAUUUAGGAUCAAUUUAUCUGUAUACUCUCAUUGAGAAAAUUAAAUCCCAUCUAAAGAUUAUUAAGACUCGCUUUCCACAUUCUACACUUGUUUGGUCACAGAUGCUGCCACGAAAUAAAUGGAGGUACUCGGGGGACAAUAAAGCAAUGGAGCGAUCCCGUCUUAAGGCCAAUAGGGUAGCUGCUUCAUUAGUGUUAGAGUUGGGGGGUUGUUACAUAAAGUACCCUGAUUUAUUGAAAAACAUGUCACAAUUUCUGUUGCCAGAUGGAGUACACCUCAAUGACCUAGGAAAUAAACUCUUUCUAAAUAAUAUCCAAGGGGGGUUAGAAUUUUUCCUGUCAAAGCAAGGCAAUGUGUAUCCUUAAACAAAACAUAAAGAACAUUGGGCCGUGGGGGCUUUUUUGUCAGUUGCUUGGGUGCUCCCCCAUGUGUGGGAUGACUGCAAACUCUCCUUCGGUUGUUCGCUGUCAUGUGGCGUUUGCGCACACCAAAGCAACUGAGGCCUACAUAAACUUUGUAUUGUUGUGAAGUUUUCACCAUUGAACUGUGAAGGGGGUUGAAAUGUUGAACCAUUUUAUAUGUAAAAUAUUUGCUGAUAUGUUGAUAUAAUUUGUUUUGUGCUUGAAUUGUGCAUAUAACUAAUUACACUUAA